UAAGCAUGAGGAGGAGAGGUGGUACCAUCCAGAAGACCAGGAAAGAUGGCACAUGUCUCUUAUGCAGCCAUAAUGCUCAAUGGUUACAAACUAUUCCCUGUGGACACACGUUCUGUAGAGGAUGCAUCACUCCUUACAGGAAAACCUCAAAUCCCGAGGAGUAUCAUUGUCCUCAAUGCAGAAAGGAUAUACCUCCUCAUGCUAUACAGUUGGUGUAUACAGACAAGUCAGGCCAACUACAAAUAGAGGGAUCAGCAGUAGAGAUUUGCUUUGCAGACCCCAAGGUGUCGGAGUUUCCUAUCCAUGUAAUAAGUGUCAUUGGAGUGCGACAUCUGGGGAAAUCAUUUCUCUUGAACUUCAUCCUGAGAGCUCUUGCCAAUCAGGAAAAGGGUGAACAAAACAUUCUUGGAGAAUGGAACGAGUCUCUGACUGGAUUUGAAUGGGGAUCUGGGACAGACAGCAUUACCAGGGGUAUAUGGAUCUGGAACAGACCGUUCAUUCUAGAAUUCAAAGGAAAAAAGGUGGCUGUGUUUGUUCUAGACACAGAGGGUUCACAGGAUAUUGGGAGAUCAGAAGACAUCAGCAUUAAGCUCUCUGCAUUGUCCAUGGUCCUUAGCUCCUACCUGAUUUUCAAUGUUCACUCAUUGUUGAAUUCAACAACCCUGGACUAUCUGGAGAUAUAUCUGACAUUUGCAAAGGAAAUAGAAGAAUCCUCUGAUGGUCUAUGUUUACAGGUAAUCAUCCAUCCUCUUCAACUCACUUCCAUUUAUACUCACCUCUUCUACACCCCUGUCAAGGAUGAAGAAUGAUGGAUUAUGCGCAAAUAGACCAUAUUUAACUGAAACUAUUGGGAUACAAAGCCACUCCCUUUUUUCCCAACAAGAUGGAAGGGCUCAUUUACAUUUUGAAUCUUGCAGGCCUCCUUUUUUGGAGUGCAGAGUUGUAUUAGUGAGGGGCAGGCCCUAAGGCCAGCAGUAAGAACCAGGCUGAGCUGCAUCUCCUCACUAGAGGUUCACUUAAAUAUAUAUUUAUUUUGUAUUUAUUUAUUGUUUGGUGAUAUUAGUGGUUCAAACUGCAGUUUGUACCCUUGCUCAGACAGUCAUUGUCUCACUAGCAGGUUGACAACAAGUUCUUUAUUACCUUCCAAAUGGUUCCAGUUGUCUUUAUAAUUCCAUUACAAGAAGCAAUUGUUGUGUUGUGGCCUGAUGGCCAAAGUAUUGUGACAUCAUUAGAGGCAUCAACUUUUUCUUAACAAAACACAGAAAGAAAUCGCCAGCGCUCGGUCUAACUCACGCUGUGGCGUUGACCAGCUGCCAUAAACACCAUUGUGCCAGAGCUCAGCCUCAGAGGCUCCAAGCUCUCCUAGCAGAGCACAUAACUAUUCCC